UGGUUGUCUCAGCGCUCUGUCCAAUCGCAGGAUGAAGUGUGGAGGGAGGAUGGGCAGUACAUCUAGGUCGAGAUGAUGUCAUAGGUCAGGGAACAAGCAUGAGUUGAACUGACUGAGAUGAAAUCCAGUUGCCAUGAAGACAUUCAGGAGCCAGGGUGAAGUUACAAAAUGAGCAAGUAUACGUUCCAGUCAUCUAGGAAAACCAGCACCAGCCAGACGAUCGAGGAUAGCAAGAAGAAGGCAUCUCUCCUGAAUGACAAGAGCUGGAUCAGGAAAGAUGAAGAGGAGGAUGAAGAUGUUGACCGCGACCCAAACUUUGGCAAAUCUGUUCUGAGCCGUUACAAAUCCAAUGAAACUCUUGAGAGUUCGGGCGGCGAUGAAGUGAAAACCACCAAAACCAUAAGCACAUCUUCAUCUGUGAAUGCUCUCACCAAGAGAUUCAGUGGAAGUCAGGAUGAGCUGAGGAGCAGCACCCUCCCGUCCAGCAAGUCCACAUCCUCCUACACCAAAACCACCAGGACUUCUGUUACAGAAGAACCAAAAACCAGCACCACAACCACCACGGUCACCAAGGAUGGCAAAACCACUGAGACAACCAUCUCCAGCUCCCAGAGUCUUAGAUCUCCUGUGAUCAAAUCUCCCACCAAGACUGACACUUUCUCUGAGCGGGUCAUGUCUUCAAGCAAAGGGUCACUUUACUCAAACUACUCACCGACCAAAACAACAAAAGUGACUGAGACGACCGUUACCAGCGACAAGGAUGCGGAGAACAAACUUUAUGACAGCCUCAUCCCCUCGUCCAUCAAGGGUGACGUCUCUCCCACAGACAGCAAAAGAACCAUCUCCACAACUGAGACUAGGAUAGUGAGAAGCAGCCUUGACACUGACGCUGAGGACAAAUUCUAUGAUACACUCAGGUCCAUUAAAGAUGAUUCCACAGAAAGCAAAACAACUGUCACCAGCACUGAGAGAGUGACAGUGAAGAGCAGCAGUAAUGGAGAAAGUGCUAAAAGUACAACUACAACAAGGACCUCCUCUUCGGCUGAGGAUGACCUGUACGGAACCCUCCUGCCUAAAGGCAUCACAUCCAGUCUGUCCUCUCCCUCCCGAAAUUCGAGCAUCACAAAGAGUGAGAUUGUCACAGUGGAGAGCAGCAGGGGAGGAGGCAGCCCGACUCUGAACUCUCCAUCCUCCACCGGAAGAGUCUCCAGUUACAGCAUGUACAGUGAUGAUAUUCCCUCCACCCGCACCACUUCCUACACCGUCAGCACCAAGCCCAGUGAGGACUACAGCAGCGAACGUAAAUCCUACUCUUACUCCAGACCAGACGCGAACAGCUAUGACUACAGCAGUAUCAGCAGUCCCACUUCCUACUCAUCAUCAUCAUCAUCAUACAGGAGCAGCAGGUCAGAUGACAAUCUUGGAGACUCCGUCUACUCCAGUAAGAGUGUGUAUGCAUCUCCUGAGAGGACGGUGCUUGAGAAAGACCUGUGCACCUCCUGCCGCAAGCCCUUCACUGCUGACGCCAAGAUGGUCCUGGAUGACAUGAAGAUCAACUGCCACGCCACCUGCUUCAAAUGUGCGGUGUGCAACUCCUCUCUGGGUCAUCUGAAAGCCGGGGACAGCAUGUGGAUCUACAAACGUAUGGUGCACUGUGAGAACUGCUUUGAGGUCACCAGAGAUAAAUGGCGUCGCUGAGUUUCUCCCAAGCGUUCGAUGGAGAUAGCCUUAUGAUCAAGAGUAAAAAUGAAUUACUGUUCAUCAGCAUGUUUUGGGUGACACUGGUUCUCCUGUACUUAGGCCAUUUUACAAGUUAAGAUGUUAAUCAGAUUUUUUUUUUUUUUGGCAAAUUAGUUACAAUAAAGAUGUUGUUUUUGCUAUUAUAUUUAGUUGUAACUGUGUUGUUGACAUUGUGAUAUUUCUGUGUCUGUCAUAGGUUGAAGAUAGCAUUUCUAAUAAUCUCUUAGGUCUGCUGCCUUUAUGGGGACUCUUAUAUGUAACAAGAUAAGUUGGUUUUUUUUGCUGUAUUUAGGGCCGGGGGCUUUUUCUGUGUGCAAUAAAGAUAACUGAUGCAUUUCUAUCUAA